AUGACCCCUACGUUAUCUACCAGCGACUGGAACGCGCUCAAGAACUUAGUAGACGGUGAAUUUCUCAACGGCCUUGGAACAGCCUUUUGGGUCAUAAAUAAAUACUUCAGCCUGAAGCGUAAACCAGUAAUACCACCCAUCCAUAGAGGAACAGGCUUGGUAUAUACAGAUUUAGAAAAAGCCGUGACCUUCACAGACACCCUUGAACUUCAAUUCCAGCCCAAUGAAGACUUAGAAUAUGACUCAGAGGAAGAAGAACGCAUCUCCGAGGAGGCAAAUAAUAUUUUGGAUCAGGAGCCAGAUGAUGGCACUGCAGGAGAAAAUGGCGAAAAUAGAUUAAAUCUACCUACAAAAAAUUUAUGUAUUGGUGGUACUGAAAAGAAGGAAGUAUUGCAGCCCAUCGAUUGGGAAACUCUAAAUAGAAAUGUUGAAGAAUAUAAAAGGUUACAGUGGGCGCAUCUUCCAAAGCUGAGAAAAAAUUUUUAUCAAGAAGCCGAGGAAAUCGCUAUUAUGACAGAGGAAGAAGUCAAUGAAAUGCGUUUAGUAAACAACAAUAUAAUGGUUUCACGUUUGAAAACAAGUGAAGACCAAUUGUGUCUUGAUAUACCAAAACCUAUUUACAAAUUCGAACACUCUUUCAAAGAUUAUCCUGAUAUACUUGAUGAGUUGAAGAAACAAAACUUUACGGAACCAUCACCUAUACAAAAGCAAGCAUGGCCUAUAUUAUUGAGAGGCGAGGAUAUGAUAGGUAUUGCUCAAACAGGAACUGGAAAAACUUUAGCAUUUCUGCUUCCUGCCUUGAUUCAUACUGAUGGACAGACUACACCACGUACGGAACGCAAUGGUCCAAAUAUAUUAAUUUUAGCUCCAACACGCGAAUUAGCACAGCAAAUAGCAAAAGAAGUUAAUAAGUACUCGUUCCGUGGAAUAAAAGCUGUAUGCAUUUAUGGUGGUGGAAGUCGUCGUGAGCAGAUCAGAGAUUUCAAAGAAGGAGCUGAAUGCAUAAUUUGCACCCCUGGACGUCUUAAUGAUUUGGUUCAAGCUAAAGUUAUAGAUAUUACAUCCGUUACAUAUUUAAUAUUAGACGAAGCGGACCGUAUGCUGGAUAUGGGUUUCGAGCCACAGAUUCGAAAAGUUCUACUUGACAUACGCCCUGACAGGCAGACCGUCAUGACUAGUGCCACCUGGCCACCAUGUGUUAGUAGAUUGGCCGAAACCUAUAUGAACAAUCCUAUUCAGGUAUGGGUUGGCUCACUUGAUUUAACUGCCACUCAUUCUGUGACUCAAAAUGUAGAACUCGUGGAUGAUGCGGACAAAUUUAAUACGGUCCUGACAUUUUUAAAAAACCUUAAAUCAAGCGAUAAAGUUAUUAUCUUCUGUUCUAAACGAGCUCGUGCUGACGACUUGUCUAGUGAUUUAUCUCUGAAAGGCCUGUUAACACAAUGUAUACAUGGUUCUCGUGAUCAGGCCGAUCGAGAACAAGCACUGGCUGAUCUAACCUCAGGUGACAUACAAAUUUUAAUAGCAACAGACGUUGCUUCAAGAGGUUUAGACAUUGAAGACAUCACUCAUGUUAUUAAUUUUGAUUUUCCGCGUAACAUUGAGGAGUAUGUUCAUCGUGUUGGUAGAACUGGACGCGCUGGGCGAACCGGCACUGCCAUAAGUUAUAUAACACGCUCGGAUUGGGCUAUUGCAAAGGAUCUCAUUCGUAUUUUGGAAGAAGCUGGCCAAGCAGUUCCAAAAGAACUAUACGGAAUGUCCAAUCGCUUUGACGAGAUGAAAAAAAGACGUGGUAAAGAUUUUAAAAUGGGUAGUCAUUUUAAUCCUUUUUUUAAACACAGUACACCGUAGUGGUACUCAUUUUUAAGAUUAACUUAGAAACAGUUAACUUAGUAACUUGACCACAACAUUGCAUUUUGUUUUUCACAUUACAUCUUAAAUAACCGCAAUGUUUGAUUCAAAUCGAUCAGUGUUUUACUUAAAUGAACGUUGAUCGCUAAAAAUUAAAAAUAAUUAAAAAACUGUUUCUAAUGUUAUUCGAAUAAUACUGUACAA